AUGGCGUCCGAAGGUUCCAAGCGCAGCAAGGUCUUCUUCGACAUCAAGAUCGGCAACAAGGCCGCUGGUCGUGUCACCUUCGAGCUCUACGAUGACAUUGUCCCCAAGACGGCUGACAACUUCCGCUCCCUCUGCACCGGCGAGAAGGGCCUGGGCAAGAGCGGCAAGCCCCUGCACUACAAGGGCAGCAUGUUCCACCGUGUCAUCAAGCAGUUCAUGAUUCAGGGCGGUGACUUCACCGAGGGUAACGGCACUGGUGGCGAGAGCAUCUACGGCGAGAAGUUCGACGACGAGAACUUUGAGAAGAAGCACGACCGCCCCUUCCUACUGAGCAUGGCCAAUGCUGGACCUGGUACCAAUGGCUCCCAAUUCUUCGUCACCACCGUCGCAACCCCCCAUCUCGACGGAAAGCACGUCGUAUUCGGCGAAGUCCGCAGUGGAAAGUCCAUCAUCCGCCAGAUCGAGAACUUGCCCACCUCCGGCGGCGACAAGCCGACGCGCGACUGCGUCAUCGAGGACUGCGGUGAGCUCACGGGCACCGCAGCCGAGGCUCUGGCCGGUGACCAAAAGGCUGCCGAUGCUCUCGGCGACGCCUACGAGGACUUCCCCGAGGACUCCGAUGAGCAGCUGGAUGCCCAGAAGGUCCUCAAGAUUGCCUCGGACUGCAAGGAGUUCGGAAACAAGGCAUUCAAGGGCGGCGACGCUGCCGUCGCUCUGGACAAGUACCAGAAGGGUCUGCGGUACCUGAACGAGGACCCAGACCUGAAGGAGGAGAGCGACGAUACCAAGACCAAGAUCGACCAGCUCCGCUUCGUGCUCAACAACAACUCCGCCAUGAUGAACCUCAAGCUCGAGUCGUGGGAAGAUGCCGAGCGCGCUGCCACCAGCGCCCUUGCCGUCAAGGGCAUCACAGAUGCUGAGAAGGGUAAGGCGUACUUCCGAAAGGGCCAGGCUCUCGUCAAACUGAAGGACGAAGACGGUGCCAUCAAGGCAUUCGAGGAGGCCAAGAAUGUCGUGCCCGGCGACGCCGCCAUCGCCCGCGAGCUGGAGGCCGUGAAGAAGGCCACCGCCGCUCGUCUGGCCAAGGAGAAGUCUCAGUACAAGAAGUUCUUUGCUUAG